AUGGCCAGUCUCAUCGCCAUCCUCGAUCUCAAAGGGAAGGCUCUCAUUCAGCGCUCAUACCGCGACGAUGUACCCGCGUCCUACGUCGAACGAUUCCUCCCACUCAUCCUCGACUUUGAAGAGGAGGGUCAGCAAGUGACGCCCUGUUUCUCCAGUCAGGGGAUCAACUACUUGCAUAUCCGACAUUCCAAUCUAUACCUAUUGGCACUAUCAAAACGAAACUCAAACGCAGCAGAAAUAAUCAUAUUCCUACACCGCCUAACUCAAGUCCUCGUUGAAUACUUCAAAGAACUCGAAGAAGAGAGUAUUAGAGAUAAUUUCGUGAUUAUUUAUGAGCUCAUGGAUGAGAUGAUGGACUUUGGGUAUCCCCAGACGACGGAGAGCAAGAUUUUGCAGGAGUAUAUCACGCAAGAGUCGCAUAAGCUGGAGAUUCAGGUGAGGCCGCCGAUGGCUGUGACGAACGCGGUGUCGUGGCGGACGGAGGGGAUCAGGUAUAGGAAGAACGAGGUGUUUUUGGACGUUAUUGAGAGCGUGAAUAUGCUGGUCAACGCGAAUGGGAACGUCGUGAGGUCUGAAAUUCUAGGUGCCGUAAAGAUGAAGUGCUACCUCUCCGGAAUGCCAGAGCUCCGGCUAGGACUGAACGAUAAAGUCAUGUUUGAAAGCACAGGCCGAACCGCCCGCGGAAAAGCCAUCGAAAUGGAAGACGUCAAAUUCCACCAAUGCGUCCGGCUCUCCCGGUUCGAAAACGACCGCACGAUCUCCUUCAUCCCCCCAGACGGCGAAUUCGAACUAAUGUCCUACCGCCUCUCCACGCCCGUCAAGCCCCUCAUCUGGGUCGAAGCGGCCGUCGAGAGCCAUAAAGGCAGCAGGAUCGAGUACAUGGUCAAAGUCAAAGCGCAGUUCAAACGACGCAGCUCGGCGAAUAACGUGGAGAUUUAUGUGCCGGUGCCGGAUGAUGCGGAUAGUCCGAAAUUUAGAGCGUCGACGGGGAGCGUGCAGUAUGCGCCUGAUAAAUCGGCGUUUGUGUGGAAGAUUAAGCAGUUGGGAGGGAGUAGGGAGUUUUUGAUGAGGGCGCAUUUUAAGUUGCCUAGUGUUAAGAGUGCGGACGUGGAAAAACGCGUGCCUAUAACUGUUAAAUUCGAGAUUCCGUACUUUACCGUGUCAGGCAUCCAAGUUCGUUACCUGAAGAUCGUAGAAAAGAGUGGGUAUCAGGCCUUACCGUGGGUGAGGUAUAUCACGCAGAAUGGGGAUGAUUAUAGUUUACGAACGGCGUUGGAGAAGGGGAGUGCUCCUAUCAUGCCGAUGUGA